GACCCGGGGCCGACCGCCGAGCGCAUCGCUCCCGCUCUCCGCGUCGCGCCGCCUCGCGCUACCUGUCGCGGCCCUCGCUCCCGGGCUCGAGGUUGAUCCGCGGCUGCGGAGGCCGGAUGGCGCCUCAGCGGAGGGGCACGCCCAAGGCGUCCGACGGCAGCGGGGCGGCCGAGCGGGGGCGGCCGAGCAGAACGAAGAAGGACCCGGCCCCGCGGGAGGCCCGGAGGAGGUGGCUGAGGCCCGCGGUCCUCGGGGUCUGCACCGCGCUGGCCGCGCUCCUGCUCUGGAGCAGCUUGGGGGGCGACGACGGCGUCACGGAGGUCCUGGCUCACCGCAGUGAGGUCCUGCCGGGCCGGUUCAUCGAGGUGCCGUGUUCCAAGGACUACGACAGUCACCGGAGAUUCGAAGGAUGCACCCCGAGAAGGUGUGGCCGAGGGGUCACUGACGUGGCCAUCAGCAGGGAGGAGGCCGAGCGGAUCCGCAGCAUAGCCGAGAAGGGGCUGUCCCUGGGAGGAUCCGACGGAGGGGCGUCCAUUCUGGACUUGCACUCGGGAGCCCUCUCAGUGGGGAAGCACUUCGUGAACCUGUACAGAUACUUUGGGGAUAAAAUACGAACUGUCUUCUCGGAAGAGGACUUCCAGCUGUACCGGGACGUGCGGCACAGAGUCCAGCUCGUGAUCGCUGAGGCCUUUGGCAUCAGCGCGUCCUCCCUGUAUCUGACGAAGCCCACCUUCUUCUCUCGAAUCAACAGCUCGGGAGCCUGCACGGCACACGACGAGUACUGGCACACACACGUGGACAAGGUGACCUACGGCUCCUUCGACUACACCUCGCUGCUCUACCUCUCUGACUACCUGACGGACUUCGGCGGGGGGCGCUUUGUGUUCGUGGAGGAAGGCGCCAACAGGACCGUGGAGCCCAGGACAGGCCGUGUGUCCUUCUUCACCUCGGGCUCCGAGAACCUGCACCGCGUGGAGAAGGUCCUGUGGGGCACCCGCUACGCGGUCACCAUCGCCUUCACCUGCAGCCCCGACCAGGGCAUCGCGGACCCCGUCCUCACGUAGCCGCUGAGGACGCCCGGCCCUGCUGCCCCCCGUGCCUUAGGAGUCAGCAAAGCUUCACUGCCCGUGUUUUCCUUCCUCUUCAUCUGUGAGUAAAUGGAGGAGCUGGUUUCCACUCCA